AUGGCUGAGGCUUCUGAGAACGGAAAGUCGGCUAAAGCAAAGAUCCAGAAGGUGGAGGCUGAGCUCCUGCCACCACCCCCUCCCCAGGAGUCUCUCGUAGACCCACCUCCUGUUCCUGGGAGCCAGGAUUCGAACCCACUGCCUCUCCCACCUCCCAAAGAAUCCUUCUCCAAGUUCUACCAGCAGCGUCAAGUCAAUGAGCUAAAGCGGCUCUACCGGCACAUGCAUCCUGAAUUACGGAAAAAUCUGGAAGAGGCCGUGUCGGAGGAUCUAGCCGAGAUGCUGAGCACCGAUGACCCUGCAGCGCAAGCCUCAAUGAAUUUGGAUCCGGUGCUUCCGGGUGAGGUUCAGUCCAUGCGCUGGAUCUUUGAGAACUGGACUUUGGACUCCAUCGGAGAACAUCAGGGUGCCAAGAGGCUCGCAGAGGAAGAAGCCAUCCCAAGUGGAGACGUGAAGAAUAGGUCCAUGAAGUUUGAAAGCCAGUCGUUUAACGGAGACAAGCUGACUGCCUCAGACAAUGCAUCCGAGAAAGAACAAGCCAAAGGGGACGUUCACACCGCUCGGUGGUUAUUUGAAACCCAGCCGCUGGACUCGUUGAACAGAAUGUAUUUGGAUGAGACUGAUAUGCAAGAGGCGGUACUCAAGGAACCUGUUCAGAAAGGGGACGUGAAAGGAGCCGCGCAGCUAUUUGAAACUCAUUCACUGGAUGCCUUGGGCCGCUGCAGCUCAGUAGAGGAGCAGAGUAUCCUGCAGCUCAGGUCCGAAAUCCAAGAGCUCAAAGGGGAUGUGGAAAAAACCAUCAAACUCUUCCAAACGGAGCCCCUCUGCGCCAUCAGAGACAAAACAGGCAACAUCCAUGAGAUCAAGUCAGUCUGCAGGGAAGAAAUACACAGCAAUGCUGUGAGGACUGCUCGUUGGCUGUUCGAAACGCAGCCCCUGGACACCAUCAACAAGGAUGUGUCCAAAGUGCAAGUCAUACGAGGGAUAUCGCUCGAGGAGGUCGCCAAGGGGAAUGUUAGCGGAGCCAAGUGGCUGUUUGAAACGCAGCCUCUUGACGCAAUCAGAGAAAUCACUGUCGAGGAGGCAGAUUUCAAGGCUUCCCCAGAUCUUGUCCAGGGGGCUGACGUUACUAAACAGUGCCUGCUUUUUGAGACUCAGCCUCUUGACACACUGAAAGGAGAAGUCACCGACAGCAUCCCAGCCAAAGAAGAAGUCGUCAGAGGAGACGUUAAAUCAACCCUCUGGCUGUUCGAGACCCAACCGAUGGAAACACUAAAGGAUAACUUUGAAGUUGGGCAAUUAAAGAAAGUGGAGCUUUCAGAAGAGGAGAAAGGUGCUGUGAAGCAAAGGAAGCACAUCUUCGAGACCUGUCCUUUGGGAAGCAUCUCCAAGGCACCUUCCGAAGACUUCUCCAUUACCAACAUAGAAGAGGUAGAGAAAGGUGAUGUGAAAGCUUUCAAGAGUCUUUUUGAGACCCUCCCUUUAGAUAGCAUCAGGCAAAUCAGCACCGAAGAGGUGGUCAAGGAAGCCGAGGAAGUACCACAUGGGAACGUCAAAGCCAAUCAGUUCCUGUUUGAGACAAUGCCCUUGUAUGCCAUCAAGGAUUCCUUUGGCAACUUCCAUGAGGUCACAUCCGUCAGCAGAGAAGAAGAAGUUAUAGGCGGAGACGUUAAGAACUACAAAUGGAAGUUCGAAACCAAGCCGUUGGACCAGUUUGAUGACAGCACCCAGAAAGUAGACAUAAUCAAGGGGAUCACAAAGCAGGAAGUGAUGGCUGGAGAUGUUAAGACGGCCAAGUGGCUAUUCGAAACACAACCCAUUGAUAUCAUCCACAGCCAAAUCAACCUAACAGACCAAAGUGCUUCUGGGAAAGAAGAAGAUUCCCAAGGAGGUGAUGUGAAGACCUGCAGGUGGUUGUUUGAGACCCAUCCAAUGGAUGCUCUAUACGAAAAGGCAGAGAAGAAGCAAGACAAAGAAGAACCUGUGCCACAAGGGGAUGUUAAAUCAUACACCUGGAUGUUUGAAACACAGCCCUUGGACUCCCUGAGAGGCCUGGAAGAACAAUAUUUGCAGGUCAGCAAAACUUUUUCCCAAGAUGAACUACAAGGGGUGGACGUGAAAACCGUUAGACACCUAUUUGAGAUGGAACCCUUAACUGACAGUGCCUCUGACAAAGUCAAUUCAAAGAAAAUAAUCAGGUGCUCCAGCCGCAUAGAGAUGCAAUCUGGAGAAGUGUCCCGGGUGAAAGAGUUCUUUGAAGCCAAGCCCUUAGAUUCAACCGGAAAAUCAAACACAGCCAUGAAAGAAAUCAAUAUCCCAGAAGAUGAGAACAUAGAGGCUGGGGCUGUACACAAGUUUACUUGGCUCUUUGAAAACUGCCCCAUGGAUACCUUGAAAAGCAGCGUGGAGGGCAUCCAAGAGGUACCUCCAGAAAAGGACAUUCGGAGUGGAGAUGUUGGAGGCAAGAGAUUCAUUUUUGAAACCUGCUCCCUAGGUCAGAUCCAUGACAGAGAGAAUGAGAUACAAAUCAAGAAAAUCCAGGAAGAGACCCUGAAGAAAGACACGGUCAAAUCCUGUACCAUGCUCUUCGAAACUCAGCCACUGUAUGCCAUCCAGGACAAAGAUGGAGGCUAUCAUGAAGUCACAUCUGUGAAGAAAGAAGAAAUCAUGAAAGGGGAUGUGAAGGGCGCCAGGUGGCAAUUUGAAACCAAACCCUUGGAUCAGAUCAAGCAAGAUGAAGAGGUGUUUGUGAUCAGGGCAGUGACCCAAGAGGACUUUAAGAAGGGUGACGUUCAAGCUGCCCGUUGGAGAUUUGAAACAGAGCCUCUAGACUCCAUUGCUGAAGAUAAGAGGCCCGUUCUAAGGACCAUUGAUGAUGUACAGAGAGGAGAUGUUCAAUCCAACAAACAACUUUUUGAGUCAGAGAAGUUCAGUCAAAAAAGGUAUGUUAGGAUGGUCAGUGUGAGUGACGUCCAGCAAGGAGAUGUCAGGACAUCUACUUGGCUUUUUGAGAACCAGCCUAUUGACUCCCUCAAAGGACAGCCUGAAAGCCCCUCCAGCCUCAACACUGUUCAGAGAAAGGACAUCCAGAAAGGGGACGUGAAACGCUGUACCUGGCUAUUUGAGACUCAACCCAUGGACAGUCUCAAAGACACCGAGGCUUCUUCUAGUGCCGAACCCCCAGAGAUGGUUCCCCAGGCUGAUGUCAAGAGCACCACGUGGUUGUUUGAGAGCACGCCACUGGAUAAACUCAGCACUUCUGAAUGUUGCACAGAAAUUGAAGUGAAAGAGAGAACCAUUACAGACACAUUGGAAGUUCUCUUCUCCCAUCAAGUCAUCCAGCAUGGUGGUAUUCUUAUUGAAGCCAAUGAUACUGAGAGUGUCAAGAUGGCAAAAUAUCAAUGCAGCAGUCAAGGAGCCCCAGAGAUUCAGAAGGAGGAAGUUGUGGAAGGCAAUCUAGAAAGGAUCUUGUUGCAACUUCUUCACAGGACCAAUGUGGAGGCCCAAGGGUUAUGGGUGAAAGAAGAGGAGAACAGGGCUAUCAAAAUCAGCCCAGUGCAGCUUUUAGACCCUAGCACAGCAGAGAAAAGCAAAGAGAACUGGAGGGAUGAUGUGGCAAAAGCUCUCCAAGGUCUUCUUAGUCAAGACGUGUCUGCCAAAAAAGGAAUAGUUGUGCAGGAGACAGGAACAGGAUCAGUGAAGAUCACCAUCUAUUCUCUCCUGCACUGCGUUGCUGGGCAAGAAGAACCAGUCAAGGGUGACGUGAAGUCCACCAUUGGGAACCUGCUGGCUUCAUCCCAAGAGCAAAAGGCAACAGCAACCAUCAGACGAGAGGACAAUGAGAGAGGCAACGUCCACCUGUACACCACCUGCAUCGAGAAGGGAGAUCUCGACUACCUAAAGAACCUCCAAAGGGAGUCAGAAAUAGAAUCCCUCGUUUCCACCCAAGCAAAAGAAGAACUGCUGAGAAAUCUGCAAGAAGUCACAGCGCAGGAGGAAAAAAUAGUGAAGACAACAGCAGAUGUGACAUUAGGGGAUAGCAGUGGGCCUAAGCAAGAGUUCUUGUGUGACAGCAAAGGAGGUACCUUAGAAAGGGAGGCAAUGCUUGUCGGUGAUCUAGACUGUACUUUGCGUUGUCUUAGGCAACCCCCAUCCUCAAUGAUAGAAAAUGUUAUUUCAGGAAAUGUGAAAUUGGCCACGAAUGGUAGUGACAGGGCAGUGAGAGAAGGGAAAACCCUGGGUGAUAGAAAGGAGGGAACAGGCUCCACCACAGUGGCAGUUCAGAAAGACGAGAUGGAUGGGGUUUUCCAAGUGACAGCACAGCCCAAACCUCAAGAUCUUGGGGGUGAUCUCCAAGCCGCAAUGCAGAGUCUCAGGCUAGCCACAGCAGAGGCCCAAAGCCUUCAGCACCAGGUCCACAGCAAGUUGCAAAAGACCACCGAGAGCAUCCAUCAUGUUGCUAAGCAACCCCAGGCAGCCACACCUCAGCGGGGAGAGGCCGUGCAGGCAACAGUCUACAACGAAGGCUGCGCAGCCGGCAAGCAGCAGCAUGCAAGCAACGUCACCAUCGUCCGAGUGCAAGAGACGUCCAAGUCCCAUGCCAGCGUGUCUCCAAAGAGCACGGCAUCACACACAAAGGUCAGUGCAUCCGAGGAAAUACAGGAAGGCAAAUUGCCCCCAGUAGACUGUCAGGAUGGCCCAGACGUACCUAGUGCCCAGAUUAGCAUUAAGGACGGCCUUUAUACUGCCCAGCCAGUGAAAACCUAUGUAAAUCCAUUCCUUGAGUCUGAUUACAAAGAGCACUCCGUUCCAGAAGAACGCGAGCAAGAUGCUAUAAUCAGAGGGGAUGUAAAGAUGGCUAUCCGAGCCCUGCAGAGUGCGGCGGCAGAACAGAGGCAAGUAGAAAAAGAGGACGUUGUCUGCGGCACCUUAAAAGCCGCGCUUGAGUCCCUGGAAAAGUCUAACGUUAAUGUCUCCAAAGGAGAUUUUAAAGCAGCCAUGAUAUACAGAAAUGCAGGGCAGCAGUAUUCCAUUCGUAAAAAUAAAAACGAGGCUCAGAUUCUUAGGGAGCAGGCAGCUGUAGCAGCUUCGGGCUCACAAGUUGUUAAUGACUUUCCUCCUCCUCCUUCUCCUCCUCCUCCUCCAGUUUCAGUAAAGACAACCGUGUGCCCUUCGACCAAUCUGAGAGAAGUUGAUGUUCUCGGCUGUCCGAUGACCAUGCAACCAUCUCUUCCUAAGACUCUUCCUCCUGCCCCUGUCAAACCAAGUGACCAGAGACCUUUAGAGAAACCACAGCUUCUCCCCAAACCAGAAGUUAUUCCCCCGCCCAGGAAGAAACCUCUCCCCCCUCCAAAACCAGAGUUCCUUUUGCAAGAAGCACUUUCCCACCCUGCCGGCAGUCACCGAAGCCAAUCGGGAAAGGCGGUCUCUCCGCCUUUCCCUCCCAAAACUUCAAGCAUGGGUGACCAGAACGUACAAGUAACCUCACCCACCAACCAAGCCCAGGCAUCUUCUGGGGCUCACACACUAGACCAAUCUGCACCUAAACAAGUUUCAACUGACUGUCUUCUGCCUCCAUCACCUGGGGCAACUGCUGUCAAGAAAAGGCAUUUUGAGGGAAAAGCGAUAAAGGAUAUUAUCAAGACGCCUCUGCAGGUAGCAGAAGAAAAGUAUAAGUCAAGGAAAGAAGAGCAGAAGAAACUGGAAGGGGCUGAACUUAAACCUUCAUCCCAGACAACUGAAAAUGGAUUGGCUAACUGUGAACGACGGGACAGCCAUCCAACGAAAGAAAUUCAAGGAUUCUUGGGGCCCUGCCAACCAGAAAAUGUAUGGCCAUUCCCUGCUGGGCAAGAGGGUGUCUUGUCUUUUGAAGGCCCAAUAGGCCCUGUUAACGUGGAAGGUCAGAAGAGGCCCUAUCUUUCUGCCAAGUGUCAUGCCAAUGUUCUGAGGAAGGGAACUAUCACGACGCAUGCCUCAUCGUCAAGGAUAGAAAGUACAUCCACGUGUGAAGCUUGUGGAUCGGGGGAUAGCCAGAAAACAAGUCCAAGGACCGAAGAAACAAGUUCAGAAGCUGCUGUUUCUGCUUCUCUGUCUUUACCAUCAAAGCAGAUCUUGAAAGGGUAUCCGUGCUUGAACAGCAGGGAGUUUGGAGAUCUAUCCUCAAACACAGUCCAACAUGCAGAGAUGGAAAAGCCGGAGGUGGUCAUGAGGGAAAAAGUUUGCCGAGAAACGGAAGAAGAACUUCGCAAGAGGCUGUCUGUCCACAAGGAAGAAAUCAUGAAAGGCAACGUCAGAGAGGCCAUGGAAAUAUUUGAAAACCUGAGAAAGCAGGAAGAGCUCCAGGAAAUUUUAACCCGCGUGAAGGAAUUUGAGGACGAGACCUCUAAAGUAGAUGUGAAAGCAUUAAAAAGCUUCUUCGAGAACGUCCCUGAGUGGGUGGUGCAUCAUCAGGCUCACCAAACAAAGUCACCCAAGAUGGACAAAGCUGAGCAGAUAAAGGAAGUGAAGGAAGACACUGACAGCAUUUCUUCUGUGGAGCUGGCCUUUGAAGAUCUGGAGAGGGCGAGCGCCGAGAUCAUUCACUUGAAGGAGCAGACACUAAGCAGGCUGCUUGAUAUCGAAGAGGCCAUCCGGAAAGCUUUGUAUUCCAUUUCUAACCUCAAAUCUGAAUCAGACAUUGCUGGGCUCUCAGGAUUGCUCCAGGAGUCUCUUGGGAACUCACAAAGCCUGGCGGCUGGCAACAAUAUCCGCAAGAUCAGCAUCGUCUCCAGCAAAGCCAGGCAAGAGAGAGGGAUCCAGAACUCAUCCUGGGGGCUUGAAAAGAUGGCAGAAAAGACCGAGAUACCCAAGACAGAGCUAGAGGUUCCCUUGAUCAUUCAGCCCCGAGCAAAUUCUCCUUCUUCUCCUUCCUACAUCUCCAUCCAGUCUGCUGCAAGGAAGCCUGCAGAGUCGCCCAAGAUGGUACACUCCUCUGCAUCAAAUCUAACCGACACAGCUGCAGAAAGGGAACUGUCCACUCAAGGUAUUUUUAGCUCGCUGCCGCGCAAGUCAGUGAGGUCCGACGGAUGCAACUUGGCUUCUUGUGAAGGUGAACAAGAGCGCAUCCAGAUGAGUAAAGGAGCGGGUUUGGUUAAACAACAACAUCUCAGUAGUUCAGAACAUCUCCAGCAUCCAAUUAACAACUGUGACAAAGAAUGGGACUCGUCUCAAAGUCUGAUCAAAGGAGGAGUAGCCGACUACCCUUCCAAAGCUUCCCUGAGUGCAUUAAGCCCAUCAAACCCACGAAGACAGAAAAGUAUACUAGAACUUCAGACGAGUCAUGAUGGGUCCAAGCUCUAUGGGGCCACCAGAACUGUCAUGGAGGAGUAUGAGGAGGUAGAUGAGUUUGGAAACAAAAUAAUCACGUCCUCUACAACGGUCACCAAACAAUCGGAGACUCAGACCUCCUCCACGUGCGACAUGGUUUCCUGUCCUACCAGAUACGAGGUGACAGCUUCUCCAGUCCUUCGGAAAUAUCUCAACAGCCCAGAUGGCUUCCCCACAAACAGUGGGAGCCAGGAAACAGGAGUGGUCUAUGUCACUUUUGGCAAUUCAAAACCAGCUAAGAAAUAAUAAGAUGAUUUCAUGGGAAAACAAACUACAAGCUGUGAUCCACAAACAUUAACUCGUAGGACUAGGACUGCAAGGCUCAGUUUUAAGCCAACAGUUUAACAGUAUUUAUUUGACUUAAAAUUAGAUUGUUGAAAACAGAGCAAUUCAAGGACUGGGCAGCCUGUUCAUGAAGAGCUUUGUAGAAACUUUCAGAAUACAGUCUUACAGCUCGUGCACGAGUCAAGCCAUACAUUCAGAAUCAGUUCUUGAAGAAAUGGCUACCGACUUGCUAUCACAAAGAUCUAUAGGGCCUGGAAUCCAGAAGAAAGAAAAUGAGCAUAGCACAAACAAACAUGUGUGGAGUGGGCGAGGACUCCUUUGAAGAAUUUCCUGUUUUCAUGACUUUGCAUUAUAUAACCAAGGAUUGCCGAUUGUACGAUACCAAGAUCCAGAGCUUGUUUCCCACAAUCAACAGUGAGAUUCUCAAAACAGGCCAAGGGACUCAAUUAAAGAAUUAAUGAGCCAAUAAUUUUUGGGAAAGCACUCUUUUACUCUCCUUUUUUCCCCUUUCUGCUAUCAAAACCAACCUUCUCUCCUGCCACUUUUUCUUCUCUCUCACCUUCAUAAUCACCCAAACAGACAUACGUCUUCCUUUCCUGCAUAGGGUUGAAGUCAUUUCUUUUUUCACUACCAGACCACUUCCAUUGGGAAAAACAUAUAUGCAGCACUAUUUAUAUUUAGCCAGCGCUGAAUGCUAUGGGAAAGUACAUAAAAAUCAGAAUUUUAACCAUUUCUGACAUUAUCCUUGUCCCUAAGGAGAAAGUGAAUCACAUUAUCGUAGCUUAGACUGAGAUGGAUUUUAGACAAACGUAUAGUUAUUGCUUUUCUCUUUUUAUUUUAGAUUUGUAAUUUAUUGUUCCUUGUUAACAAGUCUUUACUUUUAGACUCUGCUUUCUUACAUGUUCAGUUUUUAAAUCAUUGAUGAAAGUGUAAAGCAAUUUUAUUAUGGGCUUCCUUUUGUACAUUCACAAGACUUUUGUGGGUUUUUCUUUUCUUUUUUUAAUUUGCAUUCUGAUGGUAAAUUUGACUUUUGAAAAAAUAUAUUUGAUCUCCAUUUGG